AUGCGAGAGGGAUUAUCAGAGGAUUAUGACGCAAAAGUUAGCACGAAUAUUAAUUUACAGCUGAAGGUGACAGACUACCUUGUUCAGUGUUCAGUGGUGUCCCGCUAUGCUGUUACUACAGUCCAGAGUUCGGUGUGGAACCAGCUCCCAAUAACUAAGGAGGCUGCCUUUGAGGUGGACCUGCCCUCCUCUGCUUUCAUCUCUAACUUCACCAUCACUUCCAGCGGCAAGGUGUAUGUGGCCCAGGUGAAGGAAAGGGCUGCUGCCAGGAAAAUUUACGACGCAGCUAAGAAGCAAGGAAAAACAGCAGGACUUGUUGCUACCAAAGAGAGGGAAAUUGAGAAAUUUCGUGUUGCAGUGAGUGUGCCAUCAGGGGCUAGGGUGUCCUUCUUCCUGACGUACGAGGAGCUGUUACAGCGUCGGCUCGGCCGCUAUGAGCUCACUCUGGGUCUGAGACCCGGUCAGCUUGUCCAGAACCUCACAUUAGAUGUCUGUAUAAGAGAGAGGACAGGCAUCAGUUUUCUUAAGGUCCUUCCUCUUAGGACAAGCCGAGCGGUCAUCAACACCCCAGCUCAAGCUAAUACCGAUGCCCCUGCCUCUACUCAUGUCGAGCAGAGUCCUGAGUGUGCUCGAGUCCGCUACACUCCAACUCUAAAUCAACAGAAGGGCAUUUCUUCCAACGGUCUUAAUGCUGAUUUCAUCAUCCAAUAUGAUGUGGAUCUAAAAGACCUCAUAGGUGAUGUUCAGGUGUAUGAUGGCUACUUUGUGCAUUACUUUGCACCUAGGGGACUUCCUGUGGUUCCUAAGGAUGUUAUAUUUGUCAUUGAUGUCAGUAGCUCAAUGAUAGGAAAUAAGAUAAAGCAGACAAAGCAAGCUAUGAGCACCAUCCUUGGGGACCUUAGAGAGGGAGACCACUUCAACAUCAUCACCUUCUCGGACAAGGUUCACACUUGGAAAAAAGGCAAAAUGGUGCGGGCAACUCGGCAGAAUGUAUGGGAAGCCAAAGAGUUUGUGAAGAGGAUUAUAGCAGAAGGAUGGACCAAUAUUAAUGCAGCUCUGCUCUCAGCUGCCCAGCUUGUCAAUCCUCCAUCCUCUGGCCCUUCCAGACGCACCUCAUCUCAUCGUGUUCCUCUGGUAAUUUUCCUCACUGAUGGGGAAGCAACCAUUGGAGUCACAUCCAGUGAGACUAUCCUCAGUAAUGCCAAGAAGGCUUUGGGCUCAGCCUCUCUGUUUGGCCUUGCCUUUGGAGAUGAUGCAGACUUCCUGCUUCUCAAACGCCUGGCUCUGGAAAACCGAGGUGUAGCCAGGAUGGUGUAUGAAGAUGCAGAUGCAGCCUUGCAGCUCAAGGGCUUCUAUGAUGAAGUAGCUAGCCCUUUGUUGUCAGACAUACAGCUGUCUUAUCUGGAUGAUCAAGCAUUUGAUGUCACCCACUCCCUUUUUCCAAACUACUUCCAAGGAUCUGAGUUGGUUGUGACUGGGAGAGUUAAGACCGGGGUCAAAGAUUUAAAGGUGCUAGUCUCAGCUAUAGAUUCAAAGCAGCAAAUGAAGCUGGAGAACGACGUGUUUAUUUCCCAAGAAAAUGUUACUACAGAUUCACUAGAGUGUUCGGGAGAUUUAGAAGGGAUAUCCAGCUUUGUUCAUCGCCUCUGGGCAUAUUUCACUAUCAAAGAGCUUCUACUGGCUAAACUGAAUUCUACUGAUCCUGCAACUCAAAAGUUGCUAACAGAUAAAGCAACCAACCUCUCCCUCAAAUAUAACUUUGUUACACCAGUCACUUCUUUAGUUGUAGUUAAGCCAGAUGAAGAUGAAGCAACUCAAAGUCCAACCACUCCAGAACCCACCACAGCUGCCACUAUAACCACAACAGCAACAACUACAGCUACAACCAAAAUGUCAGCUGCUGGUGUAGCAAAGAAGGCCAGCUCACCACCUAACCCUAAGCAUAAGAAGUUAAAUCCAGGCCUGCCUAAGUCACCUCCAAAUACCCUAAAACCCCCCAAAACAUCAGUGGUUACAUCAUCCAAAAAAGCAGCUACAACCUCAAGCCCGAGCUCUAUGAAAACAGCCCCUGCACCAUUCUCUGCUAAAAAGCUCACUCCUUCCCAUAAUGGCCUGAAAAUGUCUCCUCCUCCUCCUCCAGCUGGAAAGAUACCCACUUCUCUGCUAAAAAUUUUAAAAACAGCACCACCUCCUGCACCUGGAAAGGUCUCCACUCCCCUGCCCAAUGCCAAGAAACCAAAUACGCCCACAACCACCCCUAUGCUGACAUUCACCACCAGUAUCUCACCACCACUAAGUUCAGGCAGAACUAACCCUGCCCCCCUACCCAGUACAGCACGGACAGCUCUCCCUCCUGUCAAAGUGACUCUAAGAGCAGAGAACAGCACCUCGUCUGCUCCAUAUGCUCACCUGCCCAAAAGCACUCCUUCCCUCACUCAGUUGUCAUCUACAUUAACCUCUCCCACUCCAGCCCCAGCUCCAGCAGUGGAAAACAACAACACAAACUCAAAUGUGGACACAGACCUGAGGAUUGCCACCCUAGUGUCAGCUACCUUUGCUCCCAUGCCUGGUGUAACAGAUGGGGAACAACUGUGGGAGGCAGCACAGCUUCUGGAUGUCUCUUCUUCCAUUCAAAUUCAAAGACGAGAUAUUGACCUCGUGAAAGAUUAUGAUGCAACCUAUGAAUAUGAUUAUGAUGACGAUCAAGAUAACUCUGAAUGUCUUAUGUUUUUAGAGCCUCAACCCAAAAUGGGAGCCAUCAGGGGAUUCUCCUCAUCAGUUGAUGGAGAUCCUCAUUUUGUGGUCCAACUGGCAAAGCUUCACCAGAACCUGUGUUUCACAGUAGAUGGCAGGGCUAAUGAUGUUCUCAGACUGCUGGAAGACCCAGAGAGAAAUAUCAUUGUCGAUGGCCACCUAAUGGGGGCUCCCUCCAAAGAUGGUGUUGAAGACCGUUUGAGAAACUACUUUGACCAGCUCACAAUCUCCGCGGUCACGGGCAACUCUGGUGACGUCAUGAUCACAUUCACGCUGGACGCUGUAGUCGUGGAAGGUGAAGGACGGGAUAUGCUUCCCAUCAAUCAGCAGGGAUCAGUGACGAGGCAAGGUGUGACUGUUACUGUGGACAACCACCAGAGCUGCUGGAUCGAGCUGGCAGAGGGCGUGCAGUUCCUGGUCCUGUUCCAUCAUUAUAAACAUCCAAGCUACCUGCAGUUGGCUCACCUGGGUUUUUACAUCACGGAUGGGGGAGGGCUUUCUGACUCCACACAAGGCCUUCUGGGCCAGUUUCAGCACGCUGACAUUAAUAUAACAGUGGUGAAAGACCACGUGGAUGAAGGUCUUCAUCUAGUUAAGAAGGAAGAAAUUCUGGCCAGGGGGAUCCUGAGGUGGGGAUCAGAGCAAAUGCCAGUUACCCUGCAAGACAAGACGCUGAAGGACUCGGUGCAAAAACGCCACCGAAGCAGCUGCUGGGUGGUGCCCAAGACAGAGAUAGAGAGACUACUGGGUCAUUCGUAUGAGAGCUACGUGGUGAAUCAUGUGUAAUUCUAGCCGAGUCAUUUACUCCAUGUUGUCUGUUUGCUGCACAGCUCAAGUCACAGCAGGUAAUGUGGAUCGGUUAUCACAAAAGGAUGAACCAAAGCUGGGAUCCAACUGGGUUAGUUGCCUGAAUGGUAUUCUGGAAGGGUGGGACAGAUUACAGACUGCAAAGAAAAGUUUCCUAUAAAGAAGUACAUACAGCAAAGGAUUGAAUGGUGCCCCUGUUCCAUCUCCAAUUUGAACCAGAUUCAAGCUUCAUGCUUCGUAUCUAUGACAGAGACGCAAUGUACUCCUGGUCGCAUGGCAACUACAAAAUAUCCAAUGGUUGCUGCAGCAGUUUGCGCAUGCUCC